AUGGAGCAGACGCUGUGGAGCCAUUUACCGCUAUUGGUUAGGUCCAAUUCGAAAGAUUCGGUUGAGUACAUUCUUCAGGCUCUUUGGAGGACCCGGAAAACCGGUCUGGACCCGGCCGACCGAGACAUUAUCCGAGAUAUGCUCCAGCUCCAGAACGAAUCGGACCUCGACCCGCUUUUUGUAUGCCUUCGCAUGUUGAUUCGCAGAUGCGUUUACGAUAACAUCGGGAGAGAUGAGAUUCAGAAGCUGUUUCCCAGUGAGGUCUUACCUGAGUUACAGAGACUGUUGACGCUUUUGUUGCAGAAGUUUCAACGAGAAUGGCGGCAAGAUGUACUCAAGGACCAGGGUGCUUUGCCACGGUUAAAGACAAUGACAUGGGACAUGGCGAAUUCGGAUGCAGAAUUCGCCGACCCCGUGGCUGUUAUCAACUUGAAGCUCCUAAAUGAUUCACAGUCUCGCUCAAAAGAAUCGGAAGUGAAGUUUGAACUAGCUAACGAUACUCUAGAAGCAAUGCUGAAUUCCAUGUAUAGCAUAAGAGACCAGUUGUCAAACGUGGGUGAGGCAUCAAAUGACUAUUUAUCUCAAGAUGCAAAUAUGUUGUAG